CAAACUACUUGACUUCAAGCCAUUCAACCCUGUCGAUAAGCGCACUGAGAUCACUUACUUGGAAGAAGCCACGGGCAAAAUGAAACGCGUCACCAAAGGAAUGACCGGUGUGAUCAUCGAACUCUGUUCCCGAAACAAAACUGAAGAUGUUGAGAAUCAACUGGAAGCCGAUGUCGAGGAGUUUGCCAGACGUGGAUUGCGUGCUUUGGCGGUCGCUUUUGAAGAUGUGCCAUCCAAUGACAAAGAUGCUCCUGGAAACGGAUUCGAGCUUAUCGGUCUAUUGGCAAUUUUCGACCCUCCCCGUGACGACACUCAACAGACUAUUGAUGACGCGAUGUUGUUGGGAGUACGUGUGAAGAUGGUGACGGGUGAUCAACUUGCGAUUGCUAAAGAAACCGGUCGUCGUUUGGGUCUUGGUGAUCACAUGUAUCCCGCUAAAGUCCUCAAGGAUGGUCCCGAACCAGGCGGCAAACAUUUGACCCUUGAUGAGAUGAUCUUAGACGCCGACGGUUUUGCGGGUGUGUUCCCGGAGCACAAAUAUGAGAUUGUGAAACGUCUACAAGGUCUCGGCCAUCUGUGUGCGAUGACUGGUGAUGGUGCCAACGAUGCCCCCGCUCUUUCCCGUGCCAACGUUGGUAUUGCAGUCGAAGGUGCCACUGACGCAGCAAGAGGGGCGGCUGACAUUGUGCUCACGGAGCCUGGUCUAUCCACAAUUGUGCAUGCGAUCCGUCAAUCCCGAAUCAUCUUCCAACGGAUGCUUUGA